AUGUCCGAUGCCGCGUCGUCAGGCUCGCAAGAUGCGGCCUCGUCUUCUUUGCGCAGACCCGCUCUGCCCGAUCGAAAUGCCUCUCAACAUAGUGUGAGCGGAAUGAACAAUCAGCUUGGUCACAUGCUGCGAAGUGCAGCCUUGAUGUAUGAUGGCAGGCAACAAGACAGUGCUGGACAGGAUAGCAGCAGCAGCAGCAGCAGCAGUGAGGAAGAAGGAGAAGACGACGACGAUGCGAAGGAUGAAGCAUUGGAAUUGAAUCGAGUUGAGGCGGGAGCAGCAUCGAGAUCGAGCUUGGAGUGGAGCGUGAGAAAGGAAGAGGCUGCACUGGCGGAUGCCAAGGACCGCAAGCAUCGCAAAGCGAUCUUUGAAAAGAUGGACGGAUUGAGACGACGCCAAGCUGCUCGUGAGUGUUGCUUCAGGCUGGGCUCUCCACCGGACCAGGACGGCACAUCAGCGGGAAGCACACAUCGUGCGGGCGCGUUCGGCAAAGUGCUUCCGCAUUGCAACGGGACCCGCGACGCGCGCGGCCCGGCGUGGCAGAUCCGUCGGGACGCGCGCGUCGAUCGCGUGAGCGGCAUCCGUCAAGCGUAUGCCAUGGCGCUCAGCAGAUGGAGCUCAGUCUACAUCAUUCGACGACGCCAUGUCGAGGGUCUCAGCUUGGCUGGCUAGGCGCUGCUUGGACUGGCCUCGAAGCGUCUCACGUAUGCCUUGCGAGAUGACACAACCAGGACGAUGUUGUGAUCAUCAUGGGCGGAGCAGCCAUGUCGAUCGUCUUUUUACCGGCGCUCAGGUCCGUCGGACGGCAGACUCGGGCGCCGAGAUGGUCGUGAGGUUGCGAUUUUUCAAUGACUGACAUGGCCUCUGACAUUUCAUUCCCCUUCUCACCGCCACGCAAAACAACUGAUCACCACGAUUGUACCAACACGCAUCCCUCAAUCGAUGGGAUGACCUCUACCGACUGGUCGACCUGCUCCUGACCUCACGUGCGGGCACACGCCGCUGGUAUGCUUCCCAAUGGCCCAUCGAACCACCGCCUGUCCUGAUGCGCCUAUGCGAUGCCCCGCUGCUCCCCUCACGUCAGUGCCACCUCAAGGCAAUGCACAGCAAUUCUUCGGCGGCGGCGGCAACAGCGAAAGCAGUGCCCGCUGGUCUUCGAGAAGCGACAGCUCACCUGCUGUGACCGAAGGGGCCACAACGAGCUACGACAAGACGACAGAGGAUCUGACGGACUCAGAGGAGAAUGAAGAGUUCGAGGACGACGUCGUUGGCCAUGAGCGAGUACAAAGUCGCGUGGCGUCUGCUGGGCAACGCGCAACGUCCGUACCUCGGCCACCGCCACCAAACUUGUCCCCAGUCGCGUUGCCGCUGCUGCCAGUGCUGCUUCUUCUUCACCUGUUCUAUCACAUCGCGAUAGGGAUCGUCGCCGCAGCAGCAGCCUUGCGCUUCUACAUACGGGCUUCAAGACUCCAGCCUCUGACUUCGCGCAACGUCGCCAGCGUGGAGGCACGCUUGGCUGCUCGUACAAGCCGUAGCCCAAAGCACGUAGCUUUGAUACUUGCGCCUCCACCUCCGAGCACGACACUUCUUCUCGCACGAGCGGCUAUGCGGGCCGCGGGUGCUACGCUCGCUCCUCUGCAGGCGAACCCGGAGGAGCGAUGUCAUGCGCUCGUUGCGCAGCUACGGGAUGUGGCGCGCUGGUGCGCGCUGUGCGGCACGCCACGUCUGACAGUGUACGACCCGGAUGGGCUUCUGGCGGACUCCUUCAACCAAACAUCCGAGUGGACGCUGCGGUGGUCGCCGUCCGACGUGUCGACGACCAACAGCACCGAGUCCCGCCUCUUGGCACCUGUCGAUCCCGGCUCUUCGCCCACCAUGAGCGACAGCUUUGUGUCCUUUGCAAGCGCAUCCUCGGCACGUAGCGAAGAGGAAGAAGGACGGAAGCACGGCGUGCACGAUGAUGCCGCUACGCGUGCACACGCGUCCGGUCAGCGUACCGAUGAGAUUCAACUGCGCAUCGAGGUGCUGCUACCAGGCCGCAAGGCACAAGGCACACCCAGCGGGCUCGACGAUGGCGCGCGUCACCUGCAAUUGCAUGUGCUCGGUCCGCAAGAUGGCAAGGGAGCGCUCGUGCAAGCGAGCAAAAAUUUGGUAGAGGAAGCGCUGGACGGAAAGAAUGCAAACAUAGACAUUGCUCGGGUCGACGAGAUUUUGCAGUUUCAUGGCUACCCGCCUGAGCCUGAUCUGCUUGUUUUGCAUGGUGGGCCACGUCGCGUAUGUUCCUUGCACGGCUUUCCGCCUUGGAGUCUUAGGAUAACCGAGAUAUUGUGAGUGUUGCUGGGAUCUUGAUUGGGAAGCGCUUACGUUGGUGUUCACACACGACUACCAGACUGAUCUCGGCGCUUGCUCCUUUUUGCAGCUACGAUGCACGAGCACAUCCCCGUCUUCCCAUCUCAGCCGCUUCCUUUGAAGCCGCUCUGGACUGCUUUGCAGCGUCAGAGCAAAGGCAUGGAAGGUAGGUAAGGAUUUUCGUGUUGAUGAGAGCGCCAGACCGCCUCGACAAUGUCUUGUGACGCGAUAUAUUCAGGCAAUCAAUCAAUUUCUGUUGUCUGACCCUCAUCAUUCUGCUUUUGCGUUGUCUUUGGCAGGCUACGCCGCAAGCUGGCAGCAAAGCGACGCGGAGCAGUCGAUGCAGGCUCAGCAGCAAGACAAGAUUGUGAUGAAUCCUCUUCUGGCUUUACAAAGGAGCUCCACCGCUCUGCGCUUGAACAUCUUGACGACGAGAGCGCCGAGCAUCGAUCUAUUAUGAGUGCUGUAACCGACUCGAGUGAUGGGACAAAGGCGUCUGGUGAUCUCAACGAUGCGGAUCGCAAACAAGGCAGCGGUGGCGAGGUUCCUGUAGACCCAAAAGCGCGCCUCGAAGCCUUGCGCACGACAUUUGGUGACAGCGGUAUGGAUGGCACAGAGGUCUUUGUGAGUGAUUGCUGCGUGCUCGAAGUUGAAGCGCCGGCGAGUUGCUGCUGAAGUCUGUUCGUGUCCAAUGAUUUGCAGAUCGCCAACUGCCCGGCCGUCUUGACCCGACGCGUCAUGAUCAAGGGCACGCUCAUCGUGACUACGCACCGGCUGUGCUUUAUUGCGCAUCUGACUUCGGAAGGUGCAGCUCCAACUGACCCUCAUGAGGGUGCGACUCCACAAAACAAAUCGAACGUGAUCAAGCGGGGACCUGCGACGCUGCACCGUCCUGGUCUGCAUCGCAGAUCCAAAGCUUGGUUCGAGCGUGAGUAGCGCCCAUGCGGUGGUGUGUAUUCACACGCUAAGGUGUCCCCGCCCGUCUCUUUGUGCAGUCACGGCGGAUGCUCUCACCGCCUACUCCUCCUCCACUAGCUUGUACAAUCCACUGGGUUCAGCGCGGCUGGCGGAGAUAGAUGAUCUGCUGCCGCAUCACUGGGGCCGGCCAAACUGCGUCGACUUUCGCAUCAAGGGACGCAGGAUAUUCCUCGAAUUCGACACGGAGGAAGCUAGUCUCGCGUGGCAUCGAGGUAAGUGACGAGGGCGAUGUGAUCAGCAAUCUUGGAGCUCAGAUUAUCCCGCGCGCACCGCAGAGAUCGAGGCGGCACUAUGGCGCUUUAGGACGACUGCGGAAGAGAUUCGAGUCUCGCUGCCCCUUUGCAGGAUCUUGUCCAUGACGCAAAGCACCUACCUGGCAUUUGCUGUUGCUUUGUGGCUCAACGUUCUUGAUGAUUCGGGGAACGAGGGCGAAAAGGAUGCGAGCGCGACCAUCGAGUUGAGCUUUGGAGUUACAAGAGGUCACGAAAGCUUCUUGAAGGAGCUCUACGACGCACACGCCGCGGCAACGAGAUGGCGUCAAGAGGUCGGCAUAGAUGCAGUUCUUCUGAAGAGCCCUUCGCCGAUGCUGGACAUCGAAGGACCUCAAUCUAGAGAGGUGGACUUGACGCGCUCUGCCUCGGGAAGCGACGGCAAGUCUUUGGCAGCCAGAAUCACACAGAGCUUUGGUCUGAGGUGCAAGCCCGACGAGCUGCGGCUGGUGAAAGCGGAAAUCGUGAGUGCAUGAGGAGUGUUGGUCUCACCUGAAAGAUGUUUGAAAGCUCACUGUAAAGACUCUCUUGACCAGUUUCGCGCGGUGCCCAUGCCAGGCACCAUCGCUCUCAGCCCCGAUCACUUCAUCUUUUGGCGGACUCGUCUAGGACCCUUGCCAGACACGAGGCUGAAGGUUGGUGGUGGAGAUGCGCCGGUCAGAGAGUUAUGGCUCACACGUCUGCUUGUUGUUGCAGAUUCCCUUGUCCGAUCUCCAAGGCGUUGAAGCGGAACGAUCCUUUCGCUGGCGGACCUUUGGGCUUCGAGUGCACAUUCGCGGCUACAGAGACGAGUGGUUCGAUUUCAGCAACCAAAAAGACCGCGAUGCGAUGCUGGAAGCCCUCAACGGUGUCAUUGCCGAGUUGAAGCAGAAAGAGUCUCCUCGCGACGAUGCGAACGUCAAGCGCGGCAGCAGCAAAGUCUCGGAUGCAACGCGGAUGCUGACAGCGGAGCCAGAGCAGACGCUGUCGCUUACCAAGGAACAGAUGAAGUUUGUGAGCAUCGCGCCCUGGCGCUCUAGCUUGGCUUUCACGAGCCAUCCCAUUCUGAUUUGCGUACCCUCUACCCUUCUCGCCCCAGCUGCCAAAGGUGGUCAACGUCUCAGCGGACGUGGAGCACAACGUUCGUCGUCUUGGACGCCUGCGUAUUGCGCUCAUGACCAUCGGUAGUCGGGGCGAUGUGCAGCCUCUUAUUGGAUUAGCUUUGGAGCUGAAAAGGCAUGGGUAGGUAUUGUCCUGCAGUUUUCGGCCUCGCGACGUGCGCGUGCUGACUAUGCCUUCUCUGCCGUGCCCAGACACGCGGUCUUUAUCUGCUCUCACCCUGAAUACCGCGACUGGGUAGAGGGCAAAUUCGGCAUAGAGUAUAGAGGCAUGGGUGGCGAUCCAGCAGCUCUGAUGAAACUUUCCGUCGAGCACCGCAUGUUCUCGCCCGGCUUCUUCAAAGAGAGCGUUGGCAAAUUUAGGGGAUGGCUCGACGAGCUCUUCCGUGAAGCGUUCGAAGCUGCGUAUGAUGCCGACGUGAUCAUGGAAUCUCCGUCAACCUUUGCAGGCAUACAUGUCGCUGAAGCGACUGGCGCGGCCUACUUUAGAAUGUGCACCAUGUGCUGGAACAAGACGGCCGCCUACCCGCAGGCGUUUAGCGUGCCUCCAGUGGAUCUUGGCCCGGCCUACAAUACCAGCAGCUACGUGUUGUUUGAUGCGAUCUUGUGGCGAGCAAUGGCGGGCCAGGUCAAUAGGUGGCGCAAGGUAUGUGACCGCAAUGCGUCCUGGGACGCACUUGUCCAGCUGACAUCUUCACUGCUUCCUUUUCAAGCACAUGCUUCAUCUCGGACCCACCGAUCUGACAAAGCUCGCAGCCGACACGAUCCCAACGCUCUACAAUUUCUCACCCAGCGUGGUGCCUCCGCCGUUGGACUGGGGUGACCGCAUCUUGGUCUCGGGCUACUGGAACGUAGAGACCGCGACGGCGGAGAAGUGGGAGGCGCCAGAAUCGAUGGUCGCUUUCAUGGACGCUGCGCGCAGGGAUGAGCGCAGGAUAGCGUACAUUGGUUUCGGCAGCAUUGUCGUGCCGGACGCGCGAGCGGUUUCGAAGGCCAUCUACGAGGCCGUCGUUCGCGCUGGAGUGCGCGCCAUCGUUAGUAAGGGGUGGAGCGAGCGCACCAGCGACGGCGAGAAGAAGGCUACAGAAGAGACCGAAGAGAUUCCGGAGGAAUGCUAUGUUGUGCAGCAGGUGGGUUUAGGGUUCGAUUCAGCUUUCGUCAAAGAGUCUUUGCUCACGCGAUCGGCCGAAUGCAGGUCCCGCAUGACUGGUUGUUUCCCAGGAUUGACAUGGCAUUCCAUCAUGGUGGCGCUGGUACGACCGGGGCGUCGCUUCGCGCUGGCUUGCCCACCCUCAUCCAUCCCUUCUUUGGCGGUGAGUGGCGGUGCAAUGCGUCACAAAAUUCGCGCAUCUGAUCUGAAUUGCAUUAUACCGUGCAGACCAAUUCUUCUGGAGUCAGCGCGUGCACAAACUGGGAGCUGGUCUUCGUGUAGAGAAUCUCAGCGCUAGCGAUAUUUCCGACGCCUUGGUCAAAGCUCAAGAUCGAAUCAUUGUGGAAAAGGCCCAAGCGGUCGGGGAGAGGAUCCGCGUCGAGAAUGGACCCGCAGACGCCGUGAAAUUCGUGAGUGCGCGUGGGCCGUCAUGCUGUCCCUCUUUGAGCUGACACCCGCGCUUCCAGAUCUACCACAACCUCUCCAUUGCGCAACGCAAACGCGUACCUCUGCGUGAUAACCAGCCGAGGAUGCGAGUGGGCCUUCCAAAUGUGGGCCUAUCUAGCCUUCCUACGAUCUCUAUAGGAUCCGGCUCGGCUAAAGUUGAUGGGCACUUUGAAGGCAUUUCGGAGCAUGCAGAGGAGGAGGUCGGAAUGGAUGCGGGCGAUGCCCCUGUUACGACUACUCAAAUAGGAGCAGACUCGAUACCGUUGGCGGAAGAGCCCGUUGAAGAGGACUUCCAUACUCCAACGGCCGUGGGCGAACGACCCAAGCGUCAAGGGACGCUUGGAAGCUUGCAUCUCCCUCGCGCACUGUCUGCGCCUUUCCAUCUGCCUGGCAAGCGCCGCAGCAAACCUUCGUCCACACAAGUCGAUGCUCUAUCCCUCGAUCAUUCCACGGCUCCUACGCUUCUCGAAGUCGGCACGCCAAUCAGCCCCUCGCAUGAGGAGUGGGAAGAAGAGGGCCAGGGAACGGCAGGUCAUGCUGAAGAGGUGCGAAGGACGCACAAGACGGCGAAGGCCGAAGAUAUCCGAAGACGAAAGCUGCUAGAAGAGCAAUGGAAGAAAGAUCUUGAAGAAAUGGAAAAGACUGCAGCAGAGCACGACCAUGCCACGGAUUGGAGCGUGGAACACAAAGAUCGAGUCAAACGAUUGCUUCAGGCUGCCGAGCAUGGUAGAGUCUUUUCGAACGCCGAAGGCAAGCCUCGUUCAAGCAACGUCGUCAAUACUUGA